ACAUACACUUGCCUGAUCAGCAAGGCUGAUGACACGUAUAUUAUGUGGGCGAACUCUUACAGGCGCACGUACGUACGUAGGCAGCGAGUCAUCGAAGAAGCACGUGUUUGUGCUGCUCCCGGUCUAUGUCGAUGAAAAACAACUUAUUGAGCAAACAACGGGGACACACUUCUUGCGAGCCGAGAGGAAUAACAAGCGUGGUGCGCCUCUCGAGCGUGCGAUACCUGCAAAUGAAUGAUCACCCGUUUUAGGGAUAGAGACUUGAUGCAACAGUUUCACACCUGACGAAGUCACUGGAUCAGAAGAAAUAUUGCCAUAGCGACGUCUCAAAGAGCCGCACAACACUGCAGCCCACCAAGUCCGGUGGAGAAACUGAAGACGUUAGCCAGGCAGUUCAGCCGGUUCUACACGGACGAGAUGAAGACGGACAAGGGAUCGCACGGCUUCCGCCUGGUGCUGCUCGGGAACGACGGCGUCGGAAAAUCUGCCAUCGCGGUUCGAUUUCUGUGCGGCAGAUAUCUACACGAAUAUGAUCCCACACUUGAGAGCCGAUACGAAAAGAUGGAGACGGUGGACGGGAAAACGACGAGAAUAGAAGUGUUCGAUACAGCAGGCCAGACACAUUUGGAGGAUUAUCUCCAAGCAGCAGACGCCGUGCUCUUCGUGUAUUCCAUUACAGACAGGGUCAGCUUUGACGCCGCUAAAAUCUUUCGGGAGAGGCUCCAAUCCUCCCUCAAAUCUCAUCUGCCCAUCCUCCUGGUCGGCAACAAACGCGAGCUGGAGCAAGGCCGGAGAGUGUCCACCAAAGAGGGCUUCUCCCUAGCCCGGGAGGCUGGCUGGAGGUUCCAUGAAGUGUCAGCGGCCACAGACAGCGUCGGUCUGAAAGCCACCAUCUUGGAUUUUGUCCGUGAGGCGCAGGGUGAGCUGCGGAGGUUGAAGGUUAAGAAGGGCUGGAACAUCCGGAGAGCAGUCAGCGUUCUGUAUGGACACUCUAAGACGAGCAUCAAGGAGGAGACAGUGAUUGAUGAGGAACCAGUGUUCACUACACAACACAGCACUAAAGUGUUUCAGAGGCGGCAAACCUGCCCAAGUUUAUGAGCUCUUAAGACUCAAUGACAACCUCGAACUGUCUCAGAGCCUGCCUCCUAGUCAACAAACACGUUCCCAUGUGUCUACCUUCAUUGGUCUUGACGCUAGGAACUCGUGAAUUGAUUGGUUUACGAAGGAUGACGUCAUCGACACAUCUUCAGUAUCCUCGAAGACAACAAUGGUGCUAUAAAGAUUUGUAAAUAGUGUAUCUGAGUGGUCUCAUUUUGUGACUGUUAUUUUAUUGUUUGUUAUGAACCUGGUUUCAGACUAACGUCGCUUUGAGAAAAACGGCAUUGUGAUUAUUUUGUUAGCAAAAAUGUGGAAUGUAAAUAUUAAAUCAGUGUACAGUAAUUGACAAAUUUGCACAAGGUGCGAAUUUAUUUUAUUUUGGCUGAAGAUGACAUGAAUCUAUAUAUAGAUAGAUCGAUAUAUGUGUAAAAUAAUUGGGACUGACGAACGACAGAAAUCAAGAUUUCGAAUGUUUUUGAAUGAAAAUGUUAACAUGACCUCAGUUGGAGAAGCAGGUCACGAAGAUUUUGUUGGAGAUGAAUUUUUUUUUUGGGGGGGGGUCUUGGGACAAUGGCCAGAUGUUGAAUGAGAUUAUAUGUAUUCGGAAUAAUCUUUUUUGAAUGUUCAUGUUAUGUGUAAUGUCCUUUUAUGGUUUUUUGUCUGUUUUGUUUUCUUCUCUUUUUUUUUGGUGGUUUGUACUUGACAGUCGUUUCAAAUUGUGUCUUCGUUUAGUUAAUUGUUUCGUCUUAAAGGUAUAUGUUUGUUCAUGAUAUUGCUUGUUCAGUGUUUCUGUGUUCCUUGGGCAUCGUCUAUUACCUUGGUAUUAGUGAGACCCUUGUGAAUUGUUUGUGUUUCAUCACUAUUUAUCAUUUUUAAGUGUUGUAAAGUAUGUUUUUUUGGGGUUUUGGUUUUUGUUUUUUGCUUUUUAUAUGUGUCUUAUUUUUUAAUGUGCUAUUGUUUAAAUAUGUUUAUGGGAAUUUAAAGGAUUGGCCAAUCCUUUAAAAUUCCCAUAAACAUAUUUAUUGGGAAACGCCAUAGUGUUUUCCAAUAAUUUAUAUUUGGUUGCAAGGUGCAGUGGUGUGUUGUUGAAUGUCAUUGCACUUGAACACUUUAAAUUUAUUUAACAUACCUGUUGAGGUGACGUAUUAUAGUUCUAAUGCUUACGUCAUCAAGGGGAUUGUUGUUCAUGUUCCUGUCUCGAAAACAUGUUUGAAAUUGACCUUCUUCAAUCAUUUUUAUUCUAAGUCUUCUGUUUUUCAUAAGGUCGAUCUCAUUAUCGCCCGCACACACGUCACAGCUUUGUUUGUUGUGCACACAGAAGAGCUUCCAUCGUCUUUUCUAUGAGUUAUUUCGUUAGUAUUUUACACUUUUGCAACUCCUCCCAUUCUCCAUUUGAAAACCGGGGACAUUUUGUAGCCAACCGGGGACAUUAUGUCUCCAACCGGGGACAUUAUGUAGCCAACCGGGGACAUUAUGUAGCAAACCGGGGACAUUGUGUAGCCAACCGGGGACAUUGUGUAGCCAACCGGGGACAUUUUGUAGCCAACCGGGGACCUAUUGUAUUAUGUCCUCUUUGAAAUUCUUUUAUUCUGUGUCCUUGGUGUGCACUAUAAACACGUACUGGAUGUAACAAAUGAAAAGUAGGAACGGGCUUUCCGCGAAAAACAUUAAGGCAAUGCAGUUUCGAUAUUAUCGCCUGUGAAAUUUAUUCAUUUAUGCAAGAAGUAAACUUAUAUUGUAUUUGAAUGGGUUGGCGGAGAACAGAUUAAUUGUGUGUACUUAUAUGUGAUGGUAAAACAGUAACUUGCAGUUUAACAAAAUGCACGUGGGGUUUAUUUUAUUCAGCAUAUAGACUUUAAAAGUAUAUAUAAAAGGUUAAACUUCUUCUCUGUAGGGAAUACAGGAGUAAUGUCAAGAUGGCAUUUAUCCACUUGUCUUGAAAUAAUAAGUACUUGGCCUUAUUUAAGCGCAGUCACCGCGAGAUUUGCAAGCCUACACAGUCUGUAUAAUUUAUUCCGUUGUUAUUCCGCAGGGCUGCCACUGUACAUUCAAACACUCAAUUUCGAUUCGAUUGUUUCUUGAGAUAAGAAUAUUUUGGGGGCUAUUUGAAAGUCAUAUGUGGGAUCCGUGGGGUUUUUUUUUAGUUAAAAUACAGUUAAAUACAGUGGCGCCAUAAAUACAGUGGCGAGCGUAGGACACCGUACUCCUGAGAUUUGGCUGGGAAUAUUCAUCCGCGCGACCGAGUGUCCUUUAAUCUGAUUGGUUGAGAAACUUGCGUUUCUCAACCAUUUGCGCGCGCGUCCCCCCCCCCCUCCCCGGGAGGAUUUGGCGCGCAAACGUUAAUGCGGAUGCUCUCGCCGUGCAAAGUUCACUCUCCAAUAUCGCGCAUAUUUAAUGCUUUUUGGCGAUUCAUUAUGAAUCUGACUUUUGAAAAAGUGGGAAGACUUGGAAGAGUGGAUUACACAGGUCCCAAGAUGGGAUUAUUUUGGGACUACUCAGAGAUGUUAUUGGAAGCAGAAACUGAUGAUUUCUGUUUCAUUGCAAUAUUCUUGGGCACUUUUUGGUGUACAUGCGAAUUCAGAGAAUAGUGUAUACCGCCAGAACAUGAUCUGAGAUUUAAUGACAAAUGAAAUUGUAUGAAUGGAUGUAGCCUAUGCUUUCCCCAAAAUAGUGAUCCUGAGAACCUUAAAAUUAAUGUGCAGGGUCGCAUUUUAGUAUGAAUAUGAUAUAACUCCAUCUGUUAUGAAAAUCACACUAUGAAUGCUCGAUCCAUAAUGUGUUUGUCAAAGUUUAAGUGUUUAACAAACUGUAACGUCUUCGCUGGUAUAUCAUUAUUUAUCAUGAUGGCAAAUAAACAAUGUGUCGUGCAUUGAUGGUAAAAGAA